CGGCGGCUGGGCGAUGGCUGCCCCGCAGGCGCACGAACGGCUGUUGGGAAGCUCAUCGGCGGCGGCCGCCGGGGCCUUCCCUGUCUGAGCGGCGGUUCCUGGCUCCCGGCUCCCAGUUCUCAGAACCUUUAUACAUAAAGACACAGAAAUGAAAAGAAAGGUAAUAAAUGCUGGCAAACUGAGAUUGAGUCCUAAUGAGGAAGCCUUCAUUUUAAAAGAGGAUUAUGAAAGACGACGAAAACUAAGAUUACUACAGGUUCGAGAACAAGAAAGGGGUAUCGCUUUACAGAUAAGAGAGGAUAUAAAACAGAGGAGAAAUCAGCAAUUUAUUCGUUUGGCAGAGGCACUAAGGACAGAAUGGGAAGAAUCACAAACUCAGAAAAUAAAGAACUUGGAAAAACUCUAUUUGGCAAGUUUAAGAAAUAUGGGAGAGGGACAUCAACAAGCCAAAGAAAAUGAACCUGACUUGAAUGCUGUGGCACAGCGGGCAGCAGAAAGAAAAAGAAAAGCAGAAAUGAGGCAUAAAGAAGCUCUGAAAGUACAGAAAAAUCAAAAAGAAAUGUUAAUGAAACAAAAAACCUGGCAUAUAAAAGCUCGAAAGGAAGCACUGCUUGUGGAAAAAGAGAGAUCUGCCAAAAUUACAAGUCUGCCGCCUCCUCCUCCAACUCUUUUUGAGAACAUCGAAGUAAAGAGGAUUUCUAAUGUGAAAACAAGUAGUUCUACCUACCAUCAUCUUCAUACUUUCGUGAAUAGAGAGGUAGACACAAAGCAGCCAGAUCCUCAUUUGGCUGCUGAGGAAGAAGCUAAAAGAUUGGAAGAAAUACAAAAACAAGCAGCGAAAGAGAGAAUGGAACAGAAUGAAAAGGCACAUGCACGGGGUUUCCAAGCAAUGAAAAAGAUCCAUUUGGCUCAAAAUCAAGAAAAACUAAUGAAAGAACUCCAACAGCUACAACAAGAGGACUUGGCACGUAGGAGACAGACUGUAGCAAGAAUGCCGCCACAACUACUUGAACUUCCAUACAAACGUAGUGAAAUGAAAGAAGAUUGGCAAAGAGAGCUAGAAUUUGCCUUUGAAGACAUGUACAAUGCAGACAAUAAGGUGAAAGGAAACCUGAUUUUGCACCUUGAACCAGAGCCUUUGCCCACUGUGACUGAUCAGAUCCAAGAUGAAGAACUGGACCUUUCAAUGGAGCAAGAAAAUUUAGGCGAAACUGAAAACCUUCCAGCGACAAUAUGUUCUAGUGAAGCAAACGUUCCCUUGGCAAUGAAGACCCACCAGCUCCCUUCAAAACUUCUUUUCAAAAAAUUAUUAAAUAAGAUCCGAAGCCAAAAAUCUCUCUGGACAAUUAAAUCCAUGUCUGAGGAUGACAAUGAAAUGAUGACGACUGUUAAUGAAACUGAGAGUAAAGCACCAACAGUUGAAUCAGAAACAACGACUAUUGAAGAGAGAACAUUAUCUGGGCAGGAGCAAGUUGUUACAGUUGCAAGUGAUACGCUAACAGUUGACUCUGGACCACUUACUAGUGAAGAUAAGCCACUUUCUUGUGAUACAGAUUCUGAAAAGGAAAAAGAAAUGAAGGAGACUCAACCUAUCACAGCUGUAGCUCAGAGUUCAGUUCUACUUCAUCCUCAAGAAGAAGCAGCCAGAAUUAGAAUGGCAGCAAGGCAGAAACAGAUAAUGGAAAUAGAAGAGCAGAAGCAAAAACAGUUGGAAUUGCUUGAAAAAAUUGCACAACAGAAGUUAAGAUUGGAAACUGAUUGUUUCAGAGUUCAGCUGGAAGAAGCAAAAAGAAAAAACACUCAACAGACUGGGGUUGGCACUGCUUCAGCAUCAUGCCCCAUAAGCACUGAUGAAGAUAGUCACAGGCGGAUGAUUCAUAACUAUCAGUAUCACCUUUUACAGCAAAACAGGUUUCACAGACAGUCUGUUGAAACAGCCAGGAAACGAUUACUCGAAUAUCAGACUAUGUUAAGAGGAAAGUACCCAUCCACGUCAGCUACUUCAUUACCACCCGAGUCUAUUAUAUCAGCUCCACCUGAAAGGCCCACGAUUAUACCAGACCAUUGGGAUCAAGAUCAGAGACCCUUGUCGAGUCUUAACAAACGUCAACCUAUACAGCCCAUCCAGAUUCCCAAAUUAGAACAAGAUUAUUUUCAGCUUCCAAGACAAAAUCACAUUCUACGAAGACCGGUUGAAACAACAGACACAGAUGUUUUAGCCAAGCAAUGUUUGGAGCCACAAGAACUGCCAAAGCAGUUUUCACAGAUUGAAACACAGCAGAGAGACUGUAAAUCGGUCCCUAAAGAAUUUCCUAUACUUUCAAGGGCUUUGUCAGAUGAUAGACCACUAAUACUACAGCAUUCUGGUGAAAUCGCUGAAACAUCUAGGGCAACGACUUUUCAAACUUUAGACUCCCAGCAAAUGUUGUCAGAGAACAAUGAAAAUACAUCUUCUAAGCUAGCUGAACCUUCUUCAUUCCUACCACUGGUCGCUGAGCGUUCUUUUAGUUCUUCUCUGCCUGCCAAAGUUGAAUCUGGAAAAAUCCAGGAACGCUUUUCAACCAUGAGCAAAAGUGCAGUUUCUGUAAGCCAUUCUAAAAUCAGCCAAAUGCAGGAUAAGUCUUUGCCACCCUCAGAGAAUGUCAUGGCCCAGCAAGGUCAUCUGAAGGCUCUCCAACAACAGUUAGAUCUACAGAAGGAAGUUCUUCAGUUAAGACAGGAAGCUCAGGAACAAUUGCUUUUGUGCAAACAGAAAGAAUUGGAAAGACAAACUGGUGUCUCUGUAUUCCUUCCAUCGGUACCUCUGGAUUCUUUUGCCUCACUGCCGUCUGCCAAAGCUCAAUCUGGGAGAAUCCGGGAAUCUUCUCCAGCCAAGAAUGAUACUGCAGUUUCCUCGGGCCAUGCUGGGGUCCCACAACUUCAGGAUAGGCUUUCGAGUUUUUCACAGCCUGUCUUAUCACAGCAAGAUCAUUUUAAAUUUCUUCAGCAACAGUUAAAUAUUCAGAGGGACAGCCUUCAGGCUAGGCGAGAAGCCCAGGAAGUAUUAUAUAUAAAUAAACAGGGUGAACUGGAUGGAGGAGUAUGGUCUGAACAGACUGAGCCCCCUUCCCUCCCAUCUCAGGUCACUCAGCAUGCAUUUACUUCACUACUUUCUGCUGGUGCUCAAUCUGGAAAAAUCCAGGAGCAGUAUUCAUCAAAGAGUGAGGAGGGCCUUCUCUCAAGCCAGCCUGAAAUUCCAAAAUCUCAGGAUGGCUCUUUGAGUUUCCUACAGCAGUUCCUACCUUUACAUAAUAGUUUGAAGUUGCUCCAAGAGCAGCUCACUGCACAGAAGGAUGCUCUUCAGGCUAGACAUGAAGCCCAGGUGGAAUUGCUUUUACACAGACACAGGGAUUUGGCAGACAGUAAGUCUGGCCACAUGAGUUCUUCAUUCCCACCAAUGGUUGCUCAACGUUCAGUUGCUUUGCAAGCUUCUGCUAAAACUGAGUCUAGAUUUCAAAACCUUUGCUUGUCUAAGGAGAGUACAGUUCCCUCAAGUCACUUGAUCAUCCCAACAUUUCGGGAUGACUCUUCCAGUUUUCGACAGCAUAGUCUGCCACAGCAAGAACAUUUGACAACACUCCAAGAAGAGUCACACAUACAGAGGGUAAUACAUGGAGCUGAACAAGAAACUCGGGAAUUUGUACACCAACAAAGUGAAUUAGAAAGAGUUUCUGAACAGACUGGCACCUCUUUAAUCCUACCCCAGGUGGCUGAAUCUGAAGGAUGCCAGGAAUUUAUGUCCAUCAAGAGCGACAGUACAGUUUCCUUAAGCCAUUCAAAGAUCCCAAGAUUUCAGGACAGAGUUUUGAGAUUUUCACAACAGGGUAAUUUGGAGACACACCAAGAAUGGCUAGACACAGAGAAGGAGGCCCUUCAUUGUAACAGAAUAACCCAAAGAAGUACAUCUCUUGAACAAACUGCUUCCUCCUCAUUCAUACCCCAGUUAGGACCGCAUUCAUUUACUUCCUUACCUUCUCCUGAAUCUGGUACAACCCAGGAACCUCUUUCAACAGAGAGUGAUGGUAAAAUUCCUUCAAGCCAUUUUCAGAUCCCACAAUUGCAGGAUAGGCUUUUGAGGAUAUCACAACUUAUCCAGCCUCAACAAGAUAACUUGAAGGCACUACAAGAACGGUUAGCCACACAGAGGGAAGCCAUUGUUCAAUCUAGACAGGAAGCUCAGGAAGAAUUACUUUUACAUAAACAGAGUGAGUGGGAGGAAGGUAUAUUUCCCGAGCAGGCUGGCACUUCUUCCUUCUUACCCCUAAGCGUGCAGCAUUCAUUUGCUUCAUUACCUUGUACUGAAUCUGAUAGAAUCCAAGAACCUUGCCCAACUAAGAGUGAUAAUACAGCCCCCUCAAGUCAUUCUGAGAUAUCAGGAUUGCCUGAUAGGCUUUUGGGUUUAUCACAGCUGCCUCAGCAAGAUCAUUUGACAGCCCAAUUGCACUUGCAAAGGGAAGUGGUACAUUCGAGUGAGAAGACCCAGGAAGAACUGCUUCUAGACAAAAAAAAUAAGUUGAUUGAAAGUGAAUCUUCUGAGCAUGCUGUUCCCUUUUUGUUUUCACCCAAAGGAAGAGACCAUUUCUUUAUUCCACUUCCUUUUGCUGAAGUUGAAUCUAAAUACAUUUGUGAACUAGAUUCAUUCAAGAAUGAACAUAUAGUUCCUUCAAGCGAUUCUGUGAUCCCAAAAGUUCAAGAUAGACUUUUGAGUUUUUCACAGCCUAUCUUAGCUCAACAAGAUAACUUGGGAUUUCAGAAGCAAUUGGAUCUACAAAAAGAAGUACUGCAUUAUAGCCAAAAAGCCCAGGAAGAACUACUAGUACAGAGACAAACAGCAUUGCAACAGCAGAUACAGCAACACCAAGAGACUUUGAAGGAUUUAUUUAAAGACAGUCAGUUUCAGACAAGUAAGCCCACACUUGAAAAUGAUUUAAAAACCCAGAUGCUCGGGGAUGGGCUGCCUCGUCUCCAAGACCAAGCAAGAGAUGAUCAUGAGAACAUUCGUCCUGCAGAUAGGAGCCAUUCUGAUGAUAAUCAGCUACUUUCUGAAGAUAGUAGUAAGAUAAAUGGUGAGAAGCUGAACAGAAGAGCCUCAAAGCCACCUGUAGCGAAAGUUAAAUGUGGAUUGGACUUGAACCAACAUGAACUUAGUGCUAUACAAGAGGUAGAAUCACCGGCAAGAGGCAGACCUUCUGUACUAGGUAAACCAGAUUUUUAUCAAGACAGAGACCCCCUGAGGGUCUCUAUAAGUCGAGAACAAAGUUUCCUUGGGACCCCACUGGACCAUGAUCCAUUUGGUCGACCCUUCCCAGUUGCCCAGGAGAACGUCUGUGGUGAUGACUCCGACGAAGCAGUCAAGGUCAAGGAGGCUCUGGUUGAGAAUCAUGCAGUAUUAAGUUAUGCUGUGGAGGAAGAACUUACACAUUCGAGUCCAGCUGUGAAGCCAGAUACUAAGGCUGAAACGCAAGAGAUUUAUCAUGAGCCAUUAUCUUCAAUAACUGUUUCUACUGGGAGCUUAAGUUAUGAAAACACAGAUUUGAGCUUUACAGAUCCAGUUGACCUUGACUUUCCAGAAUUGGAACACAGUUUUCCAAACUUUCAUCAUCAGCUGUUUAAACCCUUAGAACCACAGCCAGAUUUUGAUUUCUCAUCAUUUUCCUCUGGGAUUUCUCAGGACAGCAGAGACUUUUACCAGAGCUCAGACUCUUCAUGUGAAAGCCACCAUGCAACUGUAUCAUACAACGGUACAGCUGCUUUUACAGCACUGAGGAGCAGCAGCCUGCGUUCUCCUCUUAACACAAGCCUCAAUCAGCAACGUGACCCUAAUGUGGCUCAAACUGCAGCUCAGAGUUUUGCCACAGGAAGUAUUGGUGAGGGAUCUGAACAAUCUUUUCAACAACUUCUGCCAGAAUUUUCUUCUCAGGAGGGGGGCCAGCAUGCUGAUCUACCAAGUAUUUUUAGCAUUGAAGCAAGAGAUUCUUCCCAAGGCAUAGAAAAUCAGAACUACUCCUCUGAACAGAACUUCUCCUCUGAACAGACUGAAAUAUUACAAAAUAAGAAAAAAAGUGUUCAUUUCCAGCUCUCUGUAGGAAAUUUGCAAAGUUCAGUCUUCAGUUCAUCUCACGAGGCUAAUGUAUUUCAUCAGUUAAAUCUACAGCAUAGCACUCCGUGUGGUUCCACCUUUAGUGAAUGCUCGGUGAAAGACCAACCAGAAGGCAGGAAAGAAAGACUGGCCUUUGAAGAACUAUCAGUAAGGGAGGCUGAUACAGCGUUACAAAGUCAAGGACUCCUUGAAGAUGAUAAAAAUGAAAUCUGUGGUGUUUUAAAUGUAAAUGCACACACAGAGGAAUCUGACUCACAAUCACAUGUGGGAACAGAAGAGAUGGGAACUUCAACUCAGACACUACAUUUAUUAACUCGCCAGGAUGAAAAAUAUUAUGAGAACUCAACUAAAACAGAAACUCCAAAAAUCAUACGAAAUCUACCUCAGGAAUCACAAUCAGAGCUGUUUUCAAGUUCUGGAUCAUUUUCACUACAGAGCUCUAUUCCAGUCUGGGAGACAGAGUCUGGCCGUGGUAUAAUGGAGGAACCAGAACUCACAUUAGUAAGCACCAGUGAUAUCAGUAUGGCUGAAAUGGAUUUUGCAAACUUAACCCUUGAAGAAAAGGAAGAGAAUCAGGCACAAAGUUUUCAGGUGAGUGAAUUUAUGCCUCUUGUACCAGAAACAGAAACCUCAGAUUAUCCAGCUAUAUCAGAGCAUUGUGUGGAGAAGCCAACUACAUUAUCUACAGAAACGAUUCCCAAGUUUACACCUGUACCAGGGAGCUUACAAGAAGCAUUUGUAAAGAGAAAAAAAUCAUUUAUAGAGAGAUCCUCCCAGAGACAGAAAGAAAUAAGGAGUAAAAUUCGUGUGUCUGAAAAUUCUCAAAGCAAAAUAAUUAAGGGGCAAUCUUCUCCAGGUUCAUCUGUAAGUCCCCUAAAAAGUACGAACAGAGUGUCCCUUCCUGAAGACAGAAAGACUGCACAAGCCCUCGGGCACCAAAGGACACUAAGGUUUUAUAAUCAGUUAGCUGAGGUAAAACAGCAAAAGGAAGAGAAAGCAAAGCAAGCAGCUUAUGCCCAAAACAGAGCAAGGGCAAAAGAAUUUCACAAGGUGAGCAGGGGUCCCUACAAUUUUCCUUAUCAAAGGCACAACACAACUAUUAACUGGUAAAUCCCAUUUUUAUUCCCUCCACAGAAAACACUAGAGAAACUUCGAGCCAAAAAUACAUGCUGACUUUGAAGAAAAUGUGGGUUUUUUUAAUUAUGUGUAACAUACGCACAAUUAUUUAAAGUUAAUAAAUUUUUAUUUAA